UCUUUUACGCCGCUCCUCCGGGCAGAACUGCGAGAGAACGUGAUCGAUCGAAUUUCAAAAAAGGCACACACCUACCCCUUGUGCUCCCGUGAUCACGAAAUUACUCUAAAUCUCCUGAUUUAAUAAUCAGGGGUUCGUGUUUCGUGAUUUAUUCCAUUCCGUGUGUGUACCCAGUUUCCACCUCGACCCGCGAGGUAAUUACCAAGUGAGCACCUACCUAAUCGAACAAAAUGUCGAACCUCGCUGAUCCGGUCGCGUUCGCGAAAGACUUCAUCGCUGGCGGUGUCUCCGCCGCUGUCUCCAAGACAGCCGUCGCGCCCAUCGAGCGUGUCAAGCUGCUGCUCCAGGUCCAGCACGUCAGCAAACAGAUCUCCGCUGACCAGCGCUACAAGGGUAUCGUCGAUGCCUUCGUCCGCAUUCCCAAGGAGCAGGGUCCCCUGUCCUUCUGGCGUGGUAACCUCGCCAACGUCAUCAGGUACUUCCCGACCCAGGCGCUGAACUUCGCCUUCAAGGACAAGUACAAGCAGGUGUUCCUCGGUGGCGUAGACAAGAACACGCAGUUCUGGCGCUACUUCGCGGGUAACCUCGCCUCCGGUGGUGCCGCCGGAGCCACCUCCCUGUGCUUCGUGUACCCCCUCGACUUCGCCCGUACCCGUCUCGCCGCCGACGUCGGCAAGGGAGACGGACAGCGUGAGUUCUCCGGUCUCGGAAACUGCCUGAGCAAGAUCUUCAAGUCCGACGGUCUCAUCGGUCUGUACAGAGGUUUCGGAGUGUCGGUGCAGGGUAUCAUUAUCUACCGUGCGUCGUACUUCGGAUUCUACGACACCGCGCGUGGCAUGUUGCCCGACCCCAAGAACACCCCCAUCGUCAUCAGCUGGGCCAUCGCGCAGACCGUCACCACCGUCGCCGGUAUCAUCUCGUAUCCCUUCGACACGGUCCGUAGGCGUAUGAUGAUGCAGUCUGGCCGUGCCAAGGCUGACAUCCUGUACAAGAGCACCAUCCACUGCUGGGCCACCAUCGCCAAGACCGAGGGUACUGGCGCCUUCUUCAAGGGUGCCUUCUCCAACGUCCUCAGAGGAACUGGAGGCGCCUUCGUGCUUGUGUUAUACGAUGAGAUCAAGAAGGUUCUCUAAAUCUAAUGUAAGAAUAAUUGUUACCAUAAUUACAAUUAAUUGUGAUUCCAAAUCACCACUGAUAGCCACUCCCUUAAAUCAUGUAUUAUUAGACGCGAAAAUUAACCUAGUAACUUAUUUUAGUUAAAUAAAAGCGUUAUACACGAAUUCCAACAUGUAUUUUGUUUUAUUGAACAUUGGUAUAUUACAUAAUUGCUUGGCUAACCUCAGCUGAAAAGUUGCAUAACACUAGAAUACUUUUUAUUUAUUUGAAUUUAGAACUCUUCUAAAUAUAUUUUGCCUGUGAUCAUAUUUAGCCAGCCAGUGUGUUAUGUAACAUCCUCAUUUUCAUUCAAUGUUGAAGCGUAGAGGCCAAGGUUAGAUGUACUUACCUCCUUGGUAAACUAUAUACUAAUAAUAUCAUCUGUUGUUGGAAUAGACAUCAUUAUAGUGGAUCUAUUGUAAACAUGGUAGAUUUUCACUUGUUAUGUGGUUACUGAAUCAAUCUAUUACCUUUGUGGCAUUGGGAGUGAGACCUUGUACUUUGUAAUAAGUGUUUAACGCAGAAUGCUGUGUAAAAUCAUGUAAAAGCCGUGGAAUCCAAAAUCAUGUGAUUGAAGCUGUUAUGUAACAAUGCAGUAUGUAUAUGUGCUAUGAAGUGUGCAUGGUAACCUAGUAGGAAUAUAAUUUUAGUUCACUUUUAAAAAGUGCUAUUGCUAUGUAGUUGAAACCACAUGUUAACAUCAUUAGAGAACAUCAUUGUACUGGAGUUGUGAUCAAACCAGUGAAGAACCGGAUACUUGUGACCAUCUUGCUCGGUGUGAGUUUUUUGGUGUGAAAAAUUCAUGCUAAGAGUGAUUAUUCUAGAAAAUUAAAUGUUAAAUAAAUAA